AUGACGGGUGCAAGAACGGCGGCUGCAGCCAAAGUAGUCUUCUCGGGCAUACAGCCCACAGGAGUUCCCCAUUUGGGCAACUAUUGUGGGGCCGUGUCGAAGUGGGUGUCGCUCCAGCAACAGAGUCAUGGUGGAGCCGAUGCUGACUUGUCGCUGUACAGCAUUGUCGACUUGCAUGCCAUCACGCUUCCAUACAAACCUUCCAAGCUUCAAGCCAAUAUCCACGGACUCCUUGCAUCGCUCCUGGGAUGCGGUCUCGACCCGAAGAAGAGCAUCCUCUUCAAGCAAUCGGACGUUGCACAGCACACGGAACUCGCGUGGUUGCUGAGUUGCAUCACUCCGUUGUCGUGGAUGCAGCGCAUGACUCAAUUCAAGCAAAAGAGUCAGCAAAAGGAUUCGAACGCCGUGUCGCUUGGGUUGCUGUCGUACCCAGCCCUCAUGGCCGCCGACGUCCUGUUGUAUAAAGCGACCCAUGUCCCUGUGGGCGAUGACCAACAGCAGCACUUGGAGCUUGCUCGAAUGAUCGCGACAACCUUUAACGACCGGUUCCAAACCAACUUGUUUCCAAAGCCCAUUCCCCAGCGUGACGACCCGAACGAUGCAUUGGUUCGCAUCAUGAGCUUGCGAGUGCCCACUGAGAAGAUGAGCAAGUCCGAUGCGUCGCCCAUGAGCCGCAUUGACCUGACAGAUUCACCCGACACGAUCGUAAAAAAAAUCCGCAAGGCUCAAACGGACGCAAUCCCAGGCAUCUCAUACGACAAGGCCGCGCGCCCUGGUGUGUCAAACUUGAUGAGCAUCCUGAGCGCCGUAACUGGACAGUCCCUCGAAGACAUCCAAACGCAAUACGGGGUGCACAUGCCUUUCUUCCCGCUUCUCUUGACCAAAGCUGGCGUAGACUCACCAAACUGGUCAAUUCAAACAAGUCGUUGCGGAUGCUGUCGUGGCCAAGAUCGGGCCAAUCGGCCACCGCAUUCAAACGUACCAAGCCGACCCAGCGUAUCUGAACGACUUGCUGCGAGAUGGCCGCGACUCGGCUGCCGCCAUUGCGGCGAGCACGAUGGUCGAGGUGAAGGCGGCGAUGGGGCUGUAGUCGAAAGGCAUAACGAUCGAUAGACACAUGGGAAGAACAUCUUGUGAAUGUACGUGAGAGUCGUAUCUGAACAAUCUAUGAAGAGAAUGAGACGCUAAGACCAUCGCAGCCACCGCGAUUGCUGGCUCUGCGCCAUGGCGAGGUCUCGCUCGUCUUGAAUUCGAACGAUGGCGGCCGAGGCCGAGUCGAGCUGCGACUUGAGGAGAUUGAGCUGGUCGUCCAUCGCUCUCAUUUGAUGUUCGAGUCGUCGGAAUCGCAUAUCGACCUCGAGUUGUUUCUGGAACUCACGCUCGUUUGCUGUCCGUUCUUUCUCCUUGCCGCUCUUACUGCUGCGGUCGUACUCGUACGCGGCGACUGCGACCGCCACGCCAAAGAUAAGCACUUCCCCGAGGAAUUCUGCCCCUUUUUCUACGGCUUGGUCGACCGGCAGCUCUUUGAUCUGCACUGAUCGUGUGUUGAUUUGGCCUUGAACGCUCAUUUGAAUCUUGAGCAACGCUCGGUUCUGGUGUUGCCCCACUGUGUUGCACACUGUGUUCAACCAUGGAUGUGUCUUCGCUCGCGUCUUGAGCGCCUUUGCCACCGGUUUGGUUAGCGUCCGCAGCAGGAGCCCGCCGACCUUGAACAGCGGAAUCGCCACCAUCUCACGUCGUGCCACGCGCGCG